CGCUCCUCGUGCCUUUUUUUUCCUUCCUAUAUUUUUUUAAUUGUAUUCCGUAAAUACCUCCCUGUACACAAAAAGCCUUCUUCUGCGUUUUAGUAUUAAAGCACCAACUUUUAACGAUACUACAAACGCUGGCUAAAAGUUUUCCCGUAUUUUGCUUUCUUCUUCCGUGCUUUUUUUUAUUGAUCCGUUCUUGAUUUUAUCGUUCGGUUUGGUGUUUACAAUAAAUAAAAUAAUAAUAAUAGUCGGUUAUAUUAUUGUAAAAUCUUCGCCAAUUAACCCAGCACUACAUAUAUUGGUCAUGGUGUCCAGCAAACUCUAAGAUUUCCAUUUGUUUUUAAAAAUGUAUGUCUGAAAAAGAAUACGACUUUCUACCAAAUUUGUAUCUUCCAGAUCAAAUUUCUUUUGAUGAAAUCAUGUGGGAUGAGGAUAUACCAAGUUUCAUUCAAGCUUUAACAUCCUUGGAUGAGGGUUCAUUCAUAUCAAACUCAACGACAAACGCAUCGGCUACCAAAGUAUCUCAGUUUUAUUGUGAAAACAAAGAUCAAGAUUGUCCCAAUGAACAAUACGAUGAAGGUGCAUCUUCACCCGAUGCAGCCAGUGAUAGUUCAACAGUUAAAGGUUGGGAAGAGAUUCCAGUGAAGCAAUGGACCUGUCUGGAUGUAAUGCAAUGGUUGAAAUACACGUUGAUUCCAUUUGGUAUUGAUCCAGAAAGAAACGUGCUGUUUGAGAAUUUCAGAACUAUAGACGGAUUAGCUUUAUCUUCGAUGACUUUGUCAGAUUUUUUAACCUGUAGCUCAACCUUUGGCUCAUUCUUGUACGAUAAACUACAAACGUACUUGAGAACUGGAAGCUCUGUUUCUAAUUUAUACCAACUUCUACCUGUUCAAUCUGACUAUAAAGAUGUUCCAAGUGAUGUUGUUUCAUUAAUGCUUUCAGAAAACCAGUUAAAUUUACCGACCUGCAUAAGUGAAAAUUUCGUUAAACCUAAAGAAGAAGAAAGUAUUACCGAGAAGAAAAAACCCGGAAGGCCUAAAGGAGCUAAACGUAGAAAACAGUCAGAACAACGAUUGGGUAGACUAUGGGAAUUCAUAAGAGACUUAUUACUUAGUGAAAAAUAUUGCCCCAAGUAUAUUUGCUGGGAUAAUUACGAAGAAGGUAAAUUUAGAUUCGUUGAAAGUGAUAAAGUUGCCAAACUUUGGGGAUCUAUUAAAGGAAACGCGAACAUGAAUUAUGAAAAGUUUAGUCGAGCAAUGAGGUAUUAUUACAAAAGCGAAGUAUUACUGCCGGUAGAAGGUAGACGUCUUGUAUAUAAAUUUGGCCCCAAAGCGACCGGUUGGCGUACAAAUAAUCCUAACUUUCAGCUGUAACUUAUGAAAGCUCAAGACAAAAUUCCACCAAUCUGAUGGCUGUGAAAUUAUUUAUAUUAUUCAUAUACGUACGAUAAAGUUUAAUCGCUGAAGAAAAUAAUUGUAAUUUUCAAUAACCCCAUUCUUCCGUCGAACUCAGCAUUUAUGUAUAUUUUUAGUUGUUACGUCGUCGUUGGAAUUGGAAAAAAUCUUCUUAAUAUAGCGCUUUGUUUCGUUGAAUAAACAAUAAAAUUGUUUUCUAAUUUAUAGUCGUUGAAUCGAAUACUUAAAUGUACCUAUAUGUUACGAUGACUGUAUUUUUUAGAGUGGAGAAAAAAAAAUACAAUGUGAAUUCCAAGUGCUUAUUCAUACGUUCUCUUAUGGUACAUAUGAGAAGGUACAUGUUUUUAUAAAUUAUGUGUUAUUAUUCUGUAAUAUAGUGUUGAUUAUAUAUGAAUGGCUUUAUGAAAUAUAUUUUUGUGAUUAUUGUUU